GCAUGAGCAGUGUUCCUCCUCCUCCUUCAGCAAACCCAAAGAAGUCUCCUAAAUUGUGGAAGCUAUGGGACGGCUGCUGCUGCUGCUCCUCCUUUCAGCUGGUUUAAUGCUACCAAGUGGCCAAGGGUUAUCAAGCUCCCAGGGAAAGCAAUUCAUCACUGCUUUCAUGGAAAAUUUUGAGACCAACAGGCCUUCUGAAACGAGCUUGAAGCUGUUUCUUGUCGGCCACGGUAAUGCCACCACGGUUACUGUGACAAUGACCAGGUCCUCCUCCCGCAAAAUCUACUCAGUCGCAGAAGAUGAAACGGUGUCUGUGGAUCUCCCAGUGAAUUCAGAAGUGAAAGGCAGUGGCAUUUUUGCACGUUCCAUCGUGAUUCAGGCUGAGUUUGACAUUUCGGUGGUCUUAUUUAGCCGUAAAUUGUAUUCUGUUGCAAGCAUGACAGUCUACCCAGUCCAUGAGCUUGGCACUACCUAUUAUGUGAUCACACCUCCUGGCACCAAAUUGCCAAGCUACCAGAAAGAAUUGGCAGUCAUAGCUUGGCAGAGUUCUACCAAAGUCACCAUUGAACUGAAAGGCAAAGUCAUCUUCAACGGAGAGUCGUAUGCGGCAGGGAGUACCCUCACAGUGUACCUUGGAGCUUUCCAAGUUCUUCAAUUGCAAAGCCCCGAUGACUUGUCUGGCACCAGGGUUCAGUCCUCGGCCCCUGUGGCAGUCUUGAGUGGCCAUGUCUGCGUGCAGAGAAAUUAUUACUGCGACCAUGUUGCUGAGCAACUGUUGCCAGUCUCCAAAUGGGGCAUGACCUUCAUCGUUCCUCCUGUGCCUCUGCAGACUGAUUUGGAUGUUAUAUAUGUGGUGGCUUCUCAAAACACACGUCUUGUUUAUCAGUCAGGGCAAAACAAAGGCUUUCAAGAUAUGGUGGCUGGAGAAAUCACCCAGUUGUCGCUCCAGUCCCCUCACGCGUUUUACAUUUCUGCCGAUGCUGGAAUCCAGGUUCUUCUGUUUUUCACUGGUGUCAGAAUAAGGGACAUAGGGUAUGAUCCAUUUCUCAUCAACAUCCCUGAUGUCACCAGUUAUGGUCUGGCCUACCGAAUUGAUGGUCUCAUCAAGUUUGACAACUAUAUCCUUAUCAUAGCAAAAAGCUCUGAGAAUGAAAUCAUUGCCUGGGAUAAGUCUGUUGUAGGAGGCAUUCGAUGGCAAGAGGUCCCUGGCUCAGAGUAUUCCUGGGGAGAAUACCUCUGGAAAGUGGAUAACAAUGAACAGUCAGUUUUCCUUGAGAAUCGCCAAGCUCCGUUUGGCAUUUUGGCCUUUGGAAACAAGAAUUAUGAAGGCUACGGCUUCGCUCCAUCACCUUUCGGCACAUUUGCUCCAGUUCCAGUUCCGGUUCCUGUCCAGCUGACCUGCCCUGAGAACAGCCACUACGUAUCCUGUGGAAAUGCCUGUCCAGCAACGUGUUCCGACCGAACUGCUCCAUCCCGAUGCAAAAAUACCUGUGCCGAAGUCUGCCUCUGUGAUCAAGACUAUCUCUUCAGUGGAGAGAAAUGUGUCCCCAAAGAGAGCUGCAACUGCACUUACGAAGGUGUGACCUACAGAGCAGAGGAGGAGUUUUGGGCAGAUGAAAACUGCCAGUCCCGUUGCAAGUGUGAUAACAAAUUAGGCAAAACGGUGUGCGUGAAGUCUUCUUGCAAGGGCAAGACAAAAUGCAUUGUGAUCAAUGGUAUUCGGGGUUGUCACACCACUAGCUACAGUACCUGCAUUGCAUCUGGGGACCCACAUUACCUUACAUUUGAUGGAACUAAAUAUGAUUUUAUGGGAAGCUGUGUUUAUCAGAUGGUGGGCGUCUGCUCGAAGAACCCAGCCCUCACCCCAUUUUCAGUCACAGUGGAGAAUGACAACCGAGGCAGUAAGGCUGUGUCCUUUACCAAAGUGGUGACUUUGGAGGUCUAUAACAUGACCAUCAGCCUGAGCAAAAAUACCCGGCAUCGGAUUGAGGUCAAUGGAGUUUUGGUGGAUUUACCCUUUUCUCAUGGAAAUAAACUGAGUGUCUAUCAGAGUGGGGUCCACGGCUUCAUCAGAACAGAUUUUGAUCUGAGAGUCAGUUUUGACUGGUACAGCUAUGCCAGGGUCAUUCUUCCCAGUACGUAUGCCAAUUCUGUCUGUGGGCUCUGUGGCAAUGCCAACCAGAAUCCCCAUGAUGACUUUGACAUGCCGGAUGGAAGUCAAGCCAGGGAUAUCAUUCAAUUUGCAAACAGCUGGAAGGUGAGGAAUGUCCCUGGAUGUGCUGAAGGAUGCAUCAGUAACUGCCUGAAAUGCAGUGAGGCUGAGAAACAAACCUACCAAGCUGAACGUUACUGUGGGAUCCUCACCAAAAGCGAUGGACCGUUCGUGCAAUGUCAUGAUGGUGGUGUUGACUCAGCACCUUUCUUUGAAGAUUGUAUCUUUGAUACCUGCAUAUACAAGGGCCAGCCAGAUGUUCUUUGUGGAGCCAUCAGUGCUUAUGCAACAAUCUGCCAAGCUCAAGACAUCCAAGUUGGGCAGUGGCGAUCAGACUCCUUUUGCAGUCUUUCCUGUCCACCUCAUUCCCACUAUGAACUCUGUGGAAAUGGCUGCCCUUCUACCUGUCACAAUCUUGCCAGUGCCAAGUUUUGUGAUGCUCCCUGUACGGAAGGGUGUUUCUGUGACUCUGGAUUCCUCCUCAGUGGGGAUACGUGUGUCCCUGUUGCUGAGUGUGGCUGUGAGCACGAGGGCAGAUACUACAAGAAGGGAGUAGAGUUCUAUCCUACAAGCUCCUGUCAGGAGAAGUGUCAUUGUGUGGACUUUGGUGCUGUUGAAUGCCACCAGUUUUCCUGUGGGGAUUAUGAGGAAUGCAGGGUGGAGAAUGGCAUCCAGGGCUGUUACCCUGUUGGUUAUGGAACAGUGAUAGCAUCUGGUGGAAUCCAUUACAUUACCUUUGAUGGGCAAACUUUUGAUUUUGCUGGCUCCAGCACUUACAUCUUAACUCAAGUAACCAACAGAGAUGAUCAGCAAGUAAAGUUUUCUGUGUCGGUAGAAAAUGAGAAGGUGAUUAAUGGAUCUUUAAUUGUAAUAAAGGCAGUUGUUGUCUACAUAAAUGGAUAUACUAUUGUCCUGGAGAGGGGAAUGACAUGGCAAGUUAAGGUGGAAGAUGAGUUUUACAACUUACCAUUUAGUAGAGAUGAUGGAAAACUUCAGAUCAGCCAAGAAGGGAAUAAUAUUAUUGUCCAGUCAUCUGAAGGAUUCAAAGUCCUUUAUGAUACUUUCAACUAUGUCCAAGUUUCUGUCCCCAGCACCUACCAGGAGCAUACCUCUGGACUUGGUGGCAACUUCAACAGUAAUCCUGAAGAUGAUUUCAUGCUGCCCAAUGGCACUCUCGCCCAAAGUGUGGGUGAGUUUGGAAUCUCAUGGGAAGUCCCCACAGCUGGGCUCAUUUGCUCUGAGAACUGUGUGGAGGAACUUCCUGCUUAUGAUCAAGCCCAAACAUCACAGUAUGAAGAUGACAGGUACUGUGGACUCAUCACAUUGGAGUCAGGCCCAUUCAAAGACUGUCAUUCAUUUGUGAGUUCUGCAGAGUUCUUUCACAACUGUCUGUAUGACAUGCAAGUCUUUGGAGAGGAAUCUCUCUGUCAAAAUCUUCAAGCUUACACAGCUAAAUGUCAAGCAGCUGGAGCUGAAAUUGAUGACUGGAGAACAGCUGCCUCUUGUCCUCUCUUCUGUCCAGCUAAUAGCCACUAUGAGAUGUGCACUACAGCUUGUGAUUUCAGCUGUGCUAGUUUCUACACUACAUUCCAGUGCACUAGGAAGUGCUUUGAAGGUUGCCAGUGCAAUGAUGGCUACAUGUUUGAUGGGAAUACAUGUGUACCUCUGGAAAAGUGCGGCUGUUCACAUAAUGGACUCUACUUCAAGGCUGGAGACAGUAUCUUUUCAACCAACUGCACAGAGAAAUGCACUUGUCACGCCCCAGGUCAGCUCACCUGUGAGGAAACAGCGUGCCAGAGUGAAGAGAUCUGCGUUCUCCGAAAUGGUGUGCGUGGCUGUGAGCGCAGAGAAGGCCGGUGCAAAAUUUCCCCAGAAGCCCAGCUCAUUUCUUUUGAUGGAACCUCAGCAAAGUACCUCUGUGGUGGGGUUUAUGACGUGGCAUCUAUGUGCGAUGACAGAGACCUCUCCUGGUUCAGGGUAUCUGUGAACAUCGGAAAGGACUGUGAAGAUAAUCCAUCAGUGGGCAAGGCUGUUCAUGUUUUCUUUGGAGAGGCCACCAUUACUCUGAAAAACAACAACCAGAUAUGGGUAAAUGGGCGGUCAGUAAAACUUCUGCACAAAGUCUCCAAAGCUGUAACUAUAAGCAAGGAUCAGGAUGGGAUUGUGAUUGACCGGAUUCCUGAUCUGCAAAUUCAUUUUCAUUCUGAUGGUGAGGUGACAGUGAAAGUCAAAGAUAUUCCUCCACAAAAGUUGUGUGGACCCUGUGGGAACUUCAAUGGAGACCCCACAGAUGACCUGAAAUUGCCAAGUGGGAAAUCUGAGAACAUUGUUGAAGCUCUCCAUUCUUGGAGGGCCAAGGACUUUUAAAGUGACAGACAGACAGACAGACAGAUAACGUUUGUACCAAGUGAGGAAGCCAAACUGGAAAACCAGAAUGUACAAGUUCUUUAGGACUCAAAAACCAGUUGCUUCUUUGGGGGUUCCCUUGUUGAAUGUCUUCUCCAAUGAGUUUCAGUUCACUGCUGCUCAUCGAUGCAUUAAAGAAGGAUCAUUGCUUCUAAAUAGGGCCGUCGCCACUGAAGGAAAACUUAGCUGGUUGUGAGCUGUGAUUGAUUUACUUGAUUAAAGUGGGGCAAAUUGAUGCUCAACCCAAAUUUGCAUAUGAAUGAUUCAAAAGAAAAAAAAUGAUUAUUUUUUUAGAUGAUGCACCCAUCACCAUAGACCAGCCUCCCCUAACACAACAAAAUCUAGAUAUUUUGGCUUAUGUCUUUCUUCAUUCUUGAUUGGCCAUGCUGGCUUGUAGGGCAAUCUCCAGCUGAGUUCCAAAAUCUAUAUACAUUUCCAUGAGCGUAUUGGGUUUUUUUUAAGGUAAUCCCAAUGUAAUCUAAUGAACACCAAUAAAUGUCCACUUACUACUUAUGCCUUGCAGCAAUUGUAUGAAUGAUUCCUACUGAAUUUUAUUGAUUGGCUUAUUGAUGUUUUUGAAUUGAAACUGCAAUUUUGCAAAUAGCCUUGAAACCAUUUGAGAAAGGAUGGCAUAUGGACACUUGCUUCUUUCCUUUUCUAAUGCAAUUUAAUAUCCUAGCCAUCAAAGAUGAAUUUCUUGAUGUGCGCCUGUCUACCACCUUAGACCAUAACGUGCAGAAUGCAGCAGCCUACUCACGAAGGCUGAGAGCUGCCAGUGCCAUAUAAUUCCAGUAUACUGUACCAGUCACUGGGUUGGUUGCCCAAAGGCUUUUGAAUACAGAUCAAAGUGCUGGUUUUAACCUGUCAAGCUCUUAACGCCUUGGUGCCUACGUCUCUCUGCAGGGCCACCUGCUUCAUGGAGAACCAACCUGUUCAGUGUGUUCAGCCCAGAGGAGCAUGUAACUCCACCCCAAUGAGAUCUGAGGAGAGGGGGCAAGAACACAUUGCUUUCCCAGUUAUAUCCCUCUCCUGCCGAACACCAUGCCUAGGGAGAUCUGGAUGGCACCCUCCAUUGCAUUUUCUGGAGGACAGUCCAGACAAAGCUCUUCUGUAGUAGAAUGUUUGCUUUGCAAUAGUUCUGGAAAUGCUCAGAUGGCAGGGUUUGCUUUUGUUGUUGGGGUGGUGGUGGUAUGUCCCAUAUUUUAUGGAUUUUAUAUGUUGUAAACUGCUGGGGAUGUGUAUAAAGUUGGCAGUGUAUAAGUACCACAAAAUGAAUGAAUGAAUGAUGCCAAACGUAGACAAGAGACUCAUUUUUUAAACAAUACAGUAUCUGCUGCAGGCUAUAGGAACAGUG